GAGAGAAGGAGGGAGCGGCGUCGACUGCUUCAGGAGUUGGGUGAACAGAGGAUACCGUUCCUCUCCCCCACAGAUGCGGGCUUCCAGGAUCUUUGGGAAUCCAGUUACUCUGGUUUGGCACUCAGGCGGGCCGGCGCCUUGCCUGAGGACCUCCACAGCCGGGUCCAGUCCGCUUUUCGCACCUUACGGCACAAGGGAUGCCUCCUGCGGGACCUGGUUCGGGUCCGAGACCGGGACGUCUUCACCGUAGUGUCCCGGGCCCUAGUGGGCCAGCCCGGGUACACCUACCGGUACCUGGACACCCGUUUGUUCGCCAUCCCGUGGCACAACGAGGAAGAGAAACAGGAGGAAUGCCAGGGAGAAAAGCCCUGCUGCGAUGCUGAUCUGAGAACAGCCUGCAGGGCGUUGUUGGAGCUCAACCGAUUUUUUUGCACAGAUAUCCAGCAGAAGCAGAAAAACACAGUGAGCGAGGAGAAGGAGCAGGACAAAGAGACAGAGAAAGAGAAAGAGAAAGAGAAGGAGAAAGAGAAAGAACGAGAGCAGGAGAAAGAGCAAGCAGAGGAAACGAAAGAGGAAGACUCAGACAGUGGGCAGGGAUGCUCUCAUUCCAGUCCCCCUCAGACGUCUUUCUCGGACGCGAUUCAGUUUAACAUCACGCUCCUCAACUACAUGGAUCCAACCGAAAUGAGUCAGCUAAAGGAUGAGCCAUACUAUGGCAUGGGAAAGAUGGCAGUUGGCUGGCACCACGAUGAAAACCUGGUGCCCCUCUCUCCAGUGGCUGUCUACAGCUACAGCUGCCCCAGUGAGAAAGGUGUGAUUGUUGAGGAUGAGGAGGGAAGCAGUAAAGAGAAGGAGGAAGGUGAGAAGGCGUGCUGGCGUGUGGGGCUGAAAGUAGCCUGGGACAUCCACACCCCAGGCCUGGUCCUGCCUCUGCAGUCCGGAGACUGCUACUACAUGACGGAUGAUUUAAACCGGACACAUCAGCACUGUGUACUAGCAGGAGACACACCGCGGUUCAGCUCCACACACAGAGUGGUCCAGUGCUCCACAGGCACGCUGGACUACAUCCAGAAACGCUGUGCAGAAGCCCUGGAGAACUUACAGACAGACCCACAAACCAGCACCCAUAGCCUGCGCUCCCUACUGCCAUCCACGCUCCAGAAUACUGAGGAGAUCCACAACGAGGUGGAGUUUGAGUGGCUGCGGCAGUAUUGGUUCCAGGGGCGACGUUUUGCCCGAUUCUGCAGCUGGUGGAGUAAACCCAUGGAGCAACUGGAGAAAGACUGGAAACAGAUGGAGGUCAUGACCCAGCUCUUGCUGAGCAUUGUGGAGGAUGAGAGUAAUGUUCAGGAGGGCAGGAGGGAGAUGGCGGAGACUCUGCUGAACGCGCUGGCCGACAGACAGCAACACAGACAGACCUGGAGAGACAGAUGCCAGUCCAGUUUGGCCCAGUCCCUGCCACCGGAGGAAGCCCCUGUCGACCGACCGCACUGGAACAAUGAAGAUCCUAGCAUGCCCCUGCCCUUUGACCUUGCUGACAUCAUCAGCAGGGUUGAGUCUCUGCUCUGGAGGUAA